GAUCAAGACAACCUUUAAUCCAACAAUCUCAACCUCCACCUUAUUCAUCACCUAGAGAUGUUCCCCCAGACAUAUUGUUAGACUCUCCAGAAAGAAAGCAAAAGAAACAAAAGAAAAUGAAGUUAGGCAAGGAUGAAAAAGACCAGACUGAAAAAGCUGCAAUGUAUGAUAUCAUUAGUUCUCCUUCCAAGGACUCCACUAAGCUUACAUUAAGACUCUCUCGUGUAAGAUCUUCGGAUAUGGACCAGCAGGAUGAUAUGCUUUCUGGUUUGGAAAACAACAGUGUGUCAGAGGGUGAUAUUCCUUUUAAUGUGCAGUACCCAGGACAGACAUCUAAAACACCCGUUACUCCACAGGAUGUUAACCGCCCAUUAAACUCUGUUCAGUGUUUGCUGCAGCAUGAACAGACAGCUUUCCUUCAGGCACAACAAGUGCCUGUUUUACAACAGAACACUUCAGUUGCUGCAAAACAACCUCAAACUCCUGUGGUACAGACACAGCAACAGGUUUCGCAACAAGGAGCUAUAUCGUCAUAUGAUGAAGUAGAAUUGGAUGCAUUGGCUGAAAUUGAGCGGAUAGAACGUGAAUCAGCUAUUGAAAGGGAGCGAUUUUCAAAAGAAGUGCAAGAUAAAGAUAAGCCUCUGAAGAAGCGAAAACAAGAAAACAAACCACAGGAGGUUGGAGGUGCUACUGGAGGAAAUAAAGCAGCUUCUCAGGAGACAGGUUCUGUAGGAAAUGGGGCGAGGCCAGCAUUGAUGGUUAGUAUUGAUCUGCAGCAAGCAGGAAGAGCAGACUCUCAUGCAACACUAACUCAGGAUUUGGACAUCAUCAAAAAAUCUGAAGAAAUUAAGCAGUAUAAUGAUGGGUUUGUGUGUGUUCCCCAAGAAGACACUUUUGGUGUUCUUAAAUUUAAACCUGAAAACCAUCCUGAGAUUUUUAGGAAAACAUCAGACUUUGGAGGUCAAAAGUCAGAUAUCCAGCAAAAUGAAAACAGGCAAAUGGAAUUUCAGCAAAAUGUGAGCAGGCAGUUGGAAAGUAAUCAGAAUGAGAAGAAACAGGUAGAAGCUAAACGUGAAAGCAAGCAUGAAAGCAGACAAAUGGAAGUGAAACACAAUGAGAACAGACAAACAGAAUCAAAACAAAACCAGAGCAGGCAAAUGGGGAUGAAACAAAAUGAGGGCAAACAAAAUAAUGGCAAACAGGAAAUAAAGCAGAGACCCGAAACGCCAAAACAGAAGAAUGAAGGCAGACCCGAAACGCCAAAACAUAGACAUGAUAACAGGAGGGACUCAAGUAAACAAUUAUCAGAUAAGAAAAUAGAAAUAUCUAGGCAUAAAAUAGAUGUGAAAUCUGAUUCUUCAAGGAUAAAAUCUGAAAGUAGGUCCGAUCCAACAAAACAAAGGCCUGAUGGGCAUUCAGUUUCGGAUACACCGAGGCGUGACCAUGAUAGCCUUAAACAAAGAUCUGAGGACAGGGAGGAGUCAGAGAGAUACAGAGGAGAUCCAUCCAAGAUCAGAAGACCUGAAUAUUUGAGAUCCUCAAACAAAAAUGAACAUGAUUCUAAACAUGGUAUUAAAUCUGAUGGUUCAAAAACUGAGAAAUUUGCAAGGAAACAUAGACAUGAGUCUGGUGAAUCAAGGGAAAGGUUUUCUUCUGGGGAUCAGAAAUCAAGACCUGACAACCCUCGCAUUAAACAGGAAGGUAGAGGAGAUUCUAGUAAAUCAAGACCUGAUAGACCUGGUUUUAAAUCACCCAACAGCAAGGAUGAACGAAGGACAGAUGGUAAUAAGAGUAAAGUAGAUAGUAAUAAAACACAUGCUGACAAUAAAGCAGAGUUUCCCAGUUAUUUGUUGGGGGCAAGAUCUGGCGCAUUGAAACAUUUUGUCAUUCCAAAAAUCAAGCGUGAUAAAGACGUCAAUGUCACUCAGGAAUCAAGGAAAACUGAAUUUAAAGGUGAACAGGACAAAGUAGAGAAGAUUGGGCUAGUUGAAGAUCUAAAUAAAGGAGCUAAGCCUGUAGUUGUCCUUCAAAAGCUUUCAUUGGAUGAUGUGCAGAAAUUUAUUAAGGAUAGAGAAGAUAAAUCAAGGACCUCUUGUUUUAAACCUAACAAGAACAAGUCAUCCAAAUCUAAUAAAGGUAGCAUAGAUCAGUCAGUGUUAAAGGAAUUGCCUCCUGAGCUCCUGGCAGAAAUUGAAUCCACCAUGCCGCUUUGUGAACGUGUGAAAAUGAACAAGCGCAAACGUAGCACAGUUAAUGAGAAACCAAAAUAUGCUGAAAUCAGUUCUGAUGAAGACAAUGACAGUGAAGAAGCUUUUGAAUCAUCUCGUAAAAGACAUAAAAAGGAUAGAGAUGAAGCUUGGGAAUAUGAAGAACAUGAUAGAAGAAGUUCUGGUGACCAUAGGAGAAGUGGUUAUUGUCAUGAAGGAAGGAGGACUUCUGGUAGUAGCCGUUAUCGUAAUCGCAGUCCCAAUGACUCUGAUAUGGAUGAUUAUUCUCCUCUUCCUAGCCUCAGUGAGGUGGCUAGAAAAAUGAAGAAAAAAGAAAAACAAAAGAAGAGGAAAGCUUACGAACCUAAACUAACACCUGAAGAAAUGAUGGAUUCUUCUACUUUCAAAAGAUUUACUGCUUCAAUAGAGAAUAUUUUGGAAAAUUUAGAAGACAUGGAUUUUACAGCUUUUGGUGAUGAUGAUGAGAUUCCACAAGAAUUGCUACUGGGAAAGCAUCAGCUUAGUGAGUUGGGUAGUGAAUCUGCAAAAAUCAAGGCAAUGGGCAUUAUGGACAAGCUCUCAACAGAUAAAACAGUAAAAGUCUUGAAUAUUUUGGAGAAGAAUAUUCAGGAUGGUUCGAAGCUUUCUACAUUACUUAACCAUAACAAUGACACUGAAGAUGAGGAGAGAUUAUGGAGAGAUCUUAUUAUGGAGAGAGUAACAAAAUCUGCUGAUGCUUGUCUUACUGCUAUCAAUAUUAUGACAUCACCAAAUAUGCCUAAAGCUGUAUAUAUUGAGGACGUAAUAGAAAGAGUUAUUCAAUACACAAAAUUUCAUUUGCAGAACACUCUCUAUCCUCAAUAUGAUCCUGUGUAUAGAGUGGAUCCUCAUGGUGGUGGUGUUUUAAGUUCAAAAGCAAAACGUGCUAAGUGUUCCACCCACAAGCAAAGAGUUAUAGUGAUGUUAUAUAACAAAGUUUGUGAUAUUGUCAGCAGUUUGUCAGAGUUGCUAGAGAUACAGCUUCUCACCGAUACAACUAUUCUUCAAAUAUCAUCUAUGGGAAUAACACCUUUCUUUGUAGAAAAUGUCAGUGAACUACAGUUAUGUGCCAUCAAAUUAGUGACUGCAGUGUUCUCCAAGUAUGAAAAACAUAGACAGUUAAUACUAGAAGAAAUUUUCACUUCCCUUGCAAGACUACCAACUAGCAAGAGGAGUUUGAGAAAUUUCAGGUUAAACAGCAGUGACACUGAUGGAGAGCCUAUGUAUAUUCAGAUGGUAACAGCACUAGUUCUGCAACUUAUUCAAUGUGUGGUGCAUUUGCCAUCAGCGGAAAAAGAUUCUAAUUCAGAGGAGGAAUCAAACAAAAAAGUGGAUCAAGAUGUGCUUAUGACUAACUCAUAUGAAACAGCCAUGAGAACAGCACAAAACUUCCUUUCUAUUUUCCUUAAGAAAUGUGGCAGUAAACAAGGGGAAGAAGAUUACAGACCACUGUUUGAGAACUUCAUUCAGGAUCUUCUUUCCACAGUUAAUAAACCAGAAUGGCCAGCUGCAGAGUUGCUACUUAGCUUAUUAGGAAGGCUAUUGGUUCACCAGUUCAGUAACAAAUCUACAGAAAUGGCAUUAAGGGUUGCAUCACUUGACUAUCUUGGAACAGUAGCUGCAAGACUCAGGAAAGAUGCAGUCACUAGCAAAAUGGAUCAAGGUUCUAUAGCCAGAAUACUCAAACAGGUUUCAGGAGGAGAAGAUGAAAUUCAACAGCUGCAAAAGGCUUUGCUAGAUUAUCUGGAUGAGAACACAGAAACUGAUGCAUCAUUAGUGUUUUCUCGGAAGUUUUAUAUAGCUCAGUGGUUCCGUGAUACAACUAUGGAGACAGAGAAAGCAAUUAAAUCUCAGAAGGAUGAGGAUUCAUCUGAAGGAACUCAUCAUGCAAAAGAUGUUGAGACCACAGGGCAAAUCAUGCAUAGAGCGGAAAGUCGCAAAACAUUUCUUCGCAGCAUCAUUAAAACUGCUCCAUCUCAGUUCAGUACAUUAAAGAUGAAUUCUGAUACUGUGGACUAUGAAGAUGCAUGUUUGAUUGUUCGCUACUUGGCCUCUAUGAGGCCAUUUGCCCAGAGCUUUGAUAUUUAUUUGACACAGAUUCUGCGUGUACUUGGUGAAAAUGCAAUUGCUGUUCGAACAAAAGCCAUGAAGUGUCUGUCUGAGGUUGUUGCUGUAGACCCCAGUAUUCUAGCCAGGCUGGAUAUGCAACGGGGUGUUCAUGGACGGUUAAUGGAUAACUCCACUAGUGUACGAGAAGCAGCUGUGGAGCUGCUUGGCCGAUUUGUGCUCUGUCGUCCUCAGCUUGCUGAGCAGUAUUAUGACAUGCUGAUCGAAAGAAUAUUGGAUACUGGUAUCAGUGUCAGAAAAAGAGUCAUAAAGAUACUUAGGGAUAUCUGCAUUGAACAACCAACAUUUCCCAAAAUUACUGAGAUGUGUGUGAAAAUGAUUCGGAGAGUUAAUGACGAAGAAGGCAUUAAGAAAUUAGUAAAUGAGACAUUCCAGAAGCUCUGGUUUACUCCAACUCCACAUCAUGACAAAGAAGCAAUGACCAGGAAAAUACUAAACAUUACUGAUGUGGUAUGUUAAACAAAUUUGAAUUAAGUUGCACGUAAAAUUUCAUUAUGUUUUUAGUAUCUUUGAAAUAUUGUCUGUAGUCUUAUAGAAUACGAAAAAUAUGCAAGUAAUUUAAUUAUCAGAUUAUUUUCUUUAUAUGUCUCCUGACAUUGAAUACAUGCUAUAAUUAUUCAUCUGAUGCAACUGGCUGAAGGAAAAUUUUAAAUGCUCACAAAUCUGCUGGCUGUGAUAACUGAGACCACAUUAUAUUCAGGUUGUGUAAAAUACUUGCUCAGUUAAGACACAACAAAUUGGUGUUAUAUUUAACAUU